CGAUUAAUGUUCUCCUAGCCACCACUUUUUCACUUCACUUCCCCCAUUUCUUCAGGCUAUAUUUAGCCGGAGCUUACAUCACCGCCGGUUCCGUCAUCUCUAUCGCCGUACGUAGAUGUAGAGACGAGAACAAAUUAUCGAGUUGAUUCUUAGGGUUCGAAAGCGGCUCUAAUAAUGGUGGUAGCCUCAACCAAUGCAUUUUCCAAAGAGAUGGCCAUCAGAAAACGCAUUGCCAACAUCUAUAAUAAAAGAGAAGAGAAUUUUCCAUCAUUGCGUGAAUACAAUGAUUAUCUGGAGGAAGUUGAGGAUAUGAUAUUCAAUUUAAUUGAAGGCAUUGAUGUUCCUGCUAUUGAGGCAAAGAUUGCACAGUACCAGAGAGAAAAUGCAGACCAAAUCAUGAUUGCUCAAGCACGUAAGGCUGAAGAAUAUGCAGCAGCCUUGGCAGCCAGCAAGGGACAGCCUGCACAGUCCGAUGGAGAUGCUUUGGGCCAAGGGCCUCAGGCAGGGUCCAGUACAGGUCCACAAGGGCACUAUGCCCCUGCAAUAGCUGGAGGCAUAGCUCAGCCACGGCCAACACAACCUCUCCCAGUUGGAUCAUUUCCAGAUAUGCUAGGGGGAGAGUAUGAAGAUGAUGAAAAGACGAAACUAAGAACUGAAAGGGCUGCUAAGGCUGGGGGUUGGAGUUUAGAAAUAAGCAGGAAAAGGGCACUUGAAGAAGCCUUUGGAAGCCUAUGGGUCUGAAAGUUGUACAUCCAUUUUGAAGACUCUGUUCCAGCUGUGUCACAUUCUGUGGAUUCUGGCAAAAAUUGUGGUGGAAAGUAGCAAUCCAUUCUGGAUUACUCAGAGAAAUGCCAUCAAUGGAGCAGCAUUUCUUUUGUUCUUAGAUGGUAUCGUGUAAAACUUACCAAAUUC